AUGUAUCGCGCGCUCUACGCGUUCCGCUCGGCGGAGCCCAACGCGCUGGCGUUCGCCGCGGGCGAGACCUUCCUGGUGCUGGAGCGCAGCAGCGCGCACUGGUGGCUGGCGGCGCGGGCGCGCAGUGGCGAGACCGGCUACGUGCCGCCCGCCUACCUGCGCCGCCUGCAGGGCCUGGAGCAAGAUGUCCUCCAAGCCAUUGACCGGGCCAUUGAGGCUGUGCACAAUGCAGCCAUGCGGGAUGGUGGCAAGUACAGCCUGGAGCAGCGUGGAGUCCUUCAGAAGCUGAUCCACCACCGGAAAGAGACUCUGUCCCGCAGAGGCCCCUCAGCCUCCAGCCCUGCAGCUAUGACCCCAUCCACCAGUGACCACCAUCUGGACACUGCUGCUGCCAGGCAGCCCAAUGGGACGUGUCGAGCUGGGUUUGAGCGGCAGCACAGCCUCCCUAGUUCCGAGUAUCUCGGGGCGGACGGAGGCCUCUACCAGAUCCCACCACAGCCUCGCCGAGCAGCACCCGCCAUGCCACCUCCACCUGUGAAGCGCCGAGACCGUGAGGCCCUGGUGGCCUCAGGCAGUGGCGGCCGCAACACCACGCCCUCCGGGGGCAGUUCUGUGUCCAGCGGCUCCUCAGUCAGCAGCACCUCCCUUGACACGCUCUGUACCGGCUCUAGCUCGUCUGAGCUGGGCCCCAGCUGCUCACCCACGCCCCCACCUGUGCCCCGCCGAGGCACUCACACCACUGUGUCCCAAGCUCAGCCCCCUCCCUCCAAGGUGCCAGCCCCUGAGCCCCCUACAGAGGAGGUGGCAGUUGAUACAACCUCAGCCCCUGAUGAGCUGGAGGCCCUGGGUGCGCUGAACCUGGGGACUACAGAGGAGAAGGUGGUGGCCGAGACUGCUGUGCCCAAGACCAUCGGGGCAGAGCUGAUGGAGCUCGUGCGGAGAAACACCGGCCUGAGCCACGAGCUAUGCCGUGUGGCUAUUGGCGUCGUGGUGGGUCACAUCCAGGCCUCUGUGCCGGCCAGCUCGCCUAUCAUGGAGCAGGUCCUCCUCUCGCUGGUAGAGGGCAAGGACCUGAGCACUGCCCUGCCCUCAGGGCAAGUCUGCCAUGACCAGCAGCGGCUGGAGGUGAUCUUUGCAGACCUGGCUCGGCGCAAGGACGAUGCCCAGCAGCGCAGCUGGGCCCUGUACGAGGAUGAAGGGGUCAUCCGCUGCUACCUGGAGGAGCUGCUGCAUAUUCUGACGGAUGCAGACCCCGAAGUUUGCAAGAAAAUGUGCAAGAGAAAUGAGUUCGAGUCUGUCCUGGCCUUGGUGGCCUACUACCAAAUGGAGCACCGGGUGUCCCUGCGGCUGCUGCUCCUCAAGUGCUUUGGCGCCAUGUGCAGCCUGGAUGCAGCCAUCAUCUCCACACUCGUGUCGUCUGUGCUGCCUGUGGAGCUGGCACGGGACAUGCAGACAGACACGCAGGAUCACCAGAAACUCUGUUACUCCGCCCUCAUCCUGGCCAUGGUCUUCUCCAUGGGGGAGGCAGUGCCAUAUGCGCACUAUGAGCACCUGGGCACACCCUUUGCCCAGUUCCUGCUGAGCAUCGUCGAGGAUGGGCUGCCCCUGGACACCACAGAACAGCUGCCCGAUCUCUGCAUGAACCUGCUUCUGGCUCUCAACUUGCACCUGCCAGCCCCUGACCAGAACGUCAUCAUGACCGCCCUGAGCAAACACUCCAACGUCAAGAUCUUCUCCGAGAAGCUUCUCUUGCUCCUGAACAGAGGAGAUGACCCCGUGCGCAUCUUCAAACAUGAGCCGCAGCCGCCACACUCCAUCCUCAAGUUCCUGCAGGACGUGUUCGCCAGCCCCGCCACGGCUGCCAUCUUCUACCACACAGACAUGAUGGCACUCAUUGACAUCACCGUGCGCCACAUCGCGGACCUGUCGCCCGGAGACAAGCUUCGCGUAGAGUACCUCUCCCUGAUGCACGCCGUCAUCCGCACCACACCCUACCUGCAGCACCGCCACCGGCUGCCCGACCUGCAGGCCACACUGCGCCGCAUCCUGACUGAAGAGGAAGCCUCGCCCCAGGGCCAGAUGGACCGCAUGAUUGUCCGAGAGAUGUGCAAGGAAUUCCCGGUGCUGGGCGAGGACCCCAGCUAGCGCCUUCCUCCCCUCCCUUCCCUGCAGCCCCGGUCAGGGUGCAGGGGACGCGGAGGCUUGGCCCUAAGCAUGUUUUGCACAGACGGUGUGGGGGAGGUGGUGGUGGAAGGGACCUGAGCAGGGCCCCCACCUGAAAUAGAGCCAGUGCCAGGGGCCAAGUGUGGGAUUGGGGACCACGCUCUGGGAGCUACGCUGGGGCAGAGGGCCUGUGUGAGCUAAAGCCCCUCCAUCUCCCGGUAGGCUGCCUCUUCAGCAUGCCCCCUCCCCCCCCCCAGCACAAACACACACUCAGAGUCCCGCUGCUGCUCCGGGCUGGGCUAGAGCCGCCAUCCCUGUCCUGCCUCGUCUGGGUCCUGGGCCUCAGCAAGCCAUGUCUUUGGGGUGAGGGGAGCCACCUUCCGCCAGCUGUUCUUUGCCUUAGCUUUGCAGUGAGUGCUUCUCCUGUGCUCCCCGCUCCCCGUGGGGGUCGCUUUCCCUUGCUCCCACCCCCAAGGGUCUUGGCCAAGCUCCUGCUUUAAAGCAGAAUCUUAGAGACAGGCCAUCUAUUCUGGAGCCUCACAGAAUAGAUGACAGAAAUUUUCUCAGAAAGCCAAUGACAGAAUAUUUUCUCUGUAAAAAUGUAGACUGAAAAGCCAUGUGUAUUUUCCCGUGUGCUGCAGCUCACCUUCGGAAAUAAAUCACAGGCAUCCAGAAA